GUGAUUGACGGCGUUGGGGGAAGGAAACGUAAUGAAGUUAGGGUGAAGCGUAUCAUAGUGAGAACCAGCGCCCUGUGUAGCUUUGUAGUCUAUUGACGCCUUGUGUAGUGUGAGCCUGAUACAAACCAAUCAUGGUUAGAAAAGAUCCGAAUAAGCCUCGGGGCAAAAUGUCCUCGUAUGCCUAUUUUGUGCAGACUUGUCGUGAGGAGCACAAGAAGAAACAUCCGGAAGCCAGUGUCAACUUUGCAGAGUUUUCAAAGAAAUGUUCUGAAAGAUGGAAGACCAUGUCAAGCAAAGAGAAGGCAAAGUUUGAAGACCUGGCCAAGAAUGACAGGGCCCGUUACGAUCGGGAGAUGAAGAACUAUGUUCCUCAAAAGGGGGACAAGAAGAAGAAGAAGGAUCCAAAUGCUCCCAAGAGACCACCGUCAGCAUUUUUCAUUUUCUGCUCUGACAAACGUCCAAAGAUAAAGAGUGAAUCCCCUGGAAUGUCCAUUGGUGAUGUUGCAAAGAAACUGGGAGAGAUGUGGUCCACAGUGCAACCCAAGGAUAAGCAGACAUAUGAGCAAAAGGCAUCCAAAUUAAAGGAGAAGUAUGAAAAGGAAGUUGCAGCAUAUCGUGCCAAUUGCAAGAACGAUGCUAGUAAGAAGCCUGCUGCCAAACCAGCUCAGGCUGCAAAGAAGAAGAAGGAGGAGGAAGAGGAGGAGGACGAUGAAGAGGAGGAAGAGGAAGAGGAGGAGGAAGAAGAGGAAGAAGAUGAUGAUGAGGAUGAUGAUUAAAUAGCAACAGAUGUAAAAAAAAAUCUUUGU